GUGCCUCGGACCAUGGUGCGCGAACCCCCUUCUUCCUGGCCCCCCGCCUUCGGCGCACCCGAACCUCUCGCGCGGUGGUGCAGGGCCUGAAGUCCCUGUACACGGGAGCGCCUGCGGCCCAUCGAAGCGCACAGCCACUACGCGCACUUCCACGGCGCCGCCAUCACGGACAGCGAGCUGGAGGCGCGCCCCCAGGUGCUGCUCGUGGGCCAGUACAGCACCGGGAAGACGUCGCUGAUCAAGUGGGUGACGGGCAUCGACAGCGCGUUCUUCGACAUCCGCCCGCAGCCCAGCACGGACAAGUUCAUGGCCAUCGUGCACGGGGACGAGGCGAAGGUCAUCAACGGCGACGCUGCCACGUGCCUGCCAGAGCUGCCCUACAGCGGCCUGUCGCAGCUGGGUUCAAGCUUCCUGUCCAAGUUCCAGGUGCUGGUUGAGCGCGCCGAGAUUCUGAAGCAGCUCACUUUCAUAGACACUCCUGGCGUGCUUUCUGGGGACAAGCAGCGGAUAAGCAGAGGGUAUGACUUCAUGAAGGCGUGCUCCUGGCUAGCGUCGCGCUGCGACCUGAUUCUGCUGCUUUUCGACGCUCACAAGCUCGACAUCUCCGACGAGUUCAGGGAGGUCAUCGAGGCGCUAAGCGGGGACGGCGACAAGUGCCGCUGCGUCCUUAACAAGGCAGAUGAGAUAGAUGGGGAAAACCUUGUCAAGGUGUACGGAGCUCUGAUGUGGAAUCUUGGGAAAAUCCUGCACACCCCAGAGGUCGCGCGCAUGUACAUCGGCAGCUUCUGGGACAAGGACUAUCUAAUGUGCCAGGACCUGGAGCGCCUGCUGAACCAGGACCGCAAGGACCUGAUGCAGGAGCUGCACGACUUGCCGCGCAACGUCUGCGUGCGCCGCAUCAACGAGGUGGUCGCCAGGGCCCGGGCCGUCAAGGUGCACCUGGCGCUCGGCGCCGCCCUCCGGGCCAGGAUGCCCACGAUCGGCCUCUGCGGUCGGCGCAGGCGGUGGGAGCGGUGGUGCUGCGACCGGAUUCCCGACCUGUACCAGGAGGUCAUCAAGGACCACCAGUUCGCGGCGGGCGACAUGCCCCCCGUCGACCAGUUCCGGGAGCGGCUGCUGCUGUUCAAGGACUUCCGGCGCUUCCAGCGCUGGAACGAGAGGGAGGUGCUGGGGGCCCCCGGGCGGUGCGGUGACCAUACCAUGCGGUGAGUCAGUGCGGAUUUGGGUCCUCCUUUUCAUGUGGGGCCGAGGACAGCGGUCCGCCCUCAGCUACUCCCAGCUACUCCUCCUCCUCGCUUUGGGCGCCUGGGGCCUCCAAGGCCCCAAAGAGCCGUGCGGCGAUGGGCCGUGCGUUGAGGUCUCUUGCGAAUUUCCGAGGGCACCGCGCAGUCUGUCGCCGCACCGUUCCCUGAGAUCCGUUGUGGCGAACAUUAUUGCUCGCGACACUGUGAAAGAUCACGGGCGGACCUCUCGGCCCUGUCGUUCUGCGGCGCUUUUCGAGCCAGCUGGAUCUGUGAUGGCCCCUGGGCCCGAAGCGCUGCAAACUUGCCCGGCGUGAGAAAGAACUUGGCGCCCAGGUCCCACGGUUUGGGGGCGCCCCCCGAGAGGUGGCAGACCUGGACCGCCUCAUCUCGGUGGACAUCCCGCGGCUUAUGGCGCUCAUCGGGGGCGUCUCCUCCUCGGGCCUCCGGGCGCGGCCCUGCGAGGCGGCGGCGAGGGCGGGCCCCGAGGGCGCCAAGGCGCCCAGGCCGGCGCGGGCGGGCCGCGGCCCGGCCUGGCGGGGGCCCUGCCUGGCGCUGCUGGCGCUGCUGCCGCUGGCGGCGGCGGUUGCCAUGCACGCCGAGGCCGCGGACGCCGCCCUGCUGGAGCUGAGGGCGGCGGCGGCCCCCUACCUGGAGCACCUGCUGGGGCCCGCGGGCGACGGGGGCGAGCUCUGAGGCGGGUGCGGGCGCUGCGGCCCGGCGCACCGCGGCUCGCCCGCUCGCUCGGCCGCGCCCACCAUCGCCGACGCCGCAGGCCUCGAGGAGGCGGACGGCCCGCGGGCUUCGGUGUCUCGCGCGUGCUCGGGCGCACGCUGCGGAGGGCAGGGCCAGGCUGAUCUGUCUCAAGGGCGGAAGAGCCACCCAGAGCCCGACACCUGGCGUUUCCGAGAAGGCCCUGGGCGUUGACUGAACAGCCCUGCCCUGUUCGCCUCCUUCCUCGGGCGCGUUUACUGAACGGCUUCGUUUUUGUCGGGGUGCAUACCAUGGGGGUGGAUGCUCUGCCCUCUAAUCCGUCGUGCUCGAUGUGCAUUGUUGCCUCUGUGGCGCGAGCUUCACUGGGGAGGCGUGGGCGCCGCGUUCUGUGGACAGGCGCUUGUCGAAGGGUGCGCGUUCUGCGCUUUCACGCUUGCCUCAGGGAGCGGCGGUGGCCCUGCAUUCGCAAGGGACUGCGACCCAGCGUGCUCUGUGUAGUUUCUGCGACGCGAGUUUCUCUGGGUGUGUGUGGGCGUCGCGUUCCGUCCACAAACAAGUCCGCGCUCUAGCUGUCCCUCGCCUGUGUGUGUUCCUUCCUUGAGGGACCACGAGUGACGCAAGGAGGCGAUGUGACGCAUAAGUAGGCGAUCACCAGGAGUCUAAAGAGGCUCGACUUAUUUGCGACUGGGCCGUCAGGCCACAUGGAGUUCCUCGAGCGAGACCCCCUCUGACCUUUGUGGCAGGUGCUGGCGCUUACCCUGGUGAUGCCACCAGCGUUUCACGGAGUGUGGCUGGGGUCCGCCAGGCCCUGUUCGCCUGAUUGUGGGAGCAGU